UGUGUGUUUGACCACCGGCUCAGACGUAUCGACAAGUGAUUAUACGCAGAUAACAAUGAAGCUGUUACUAGCACUAACAUUCUGCUUGUUGGCCCUCAUUUCUGUAGAAUGUAAAGAUCUGGUAGUGGGCACGAGCUACCAAAACCGAUUGAUUUGGCAACAGAAAGCCGAAUACAACGCAAUACCGCUGAAGAAGAGAGUUAAGGAAGUAUUCUUUUCAGACCCCGGACAGCAAAUUAUUAAGGGUAUAAUCGCCCGAGACUUGGACAAUACUGACGCCCUAGCCACCAUCACCGCCGGAGGUCUGGGUUUCUCAUACGCUAACAUCAGGCUCAAAAGUGAUCGAGGAUCAGGGUUGAACUACCAGAUCGAGAUUUAUAUUUAAGAUAAACAAACAAUUUUUUAGUUCAGUACUCGUAUAAGUAAUCAGUACAAUUAUUAUGAUAUAGCUUUACUACGUAUACGUAGAAUUUGUUGAUAAGAAUAACUGGGUUAGUAGAAAUACUUACAAAGAAUCUGCCUUAUAUUAUAUAUUCGUGUAAUUUAGAUAUAACAUUUUGAAAAUAAUUUUUUUGAUAAUUCCCUUAGUCUUCAAAUUUUUUAGGCAAACGUUUGUUACAAAAUCCAACAAAAUUUUUCUGAAGUAAAUAAUUUAAGUAUACUUCUAUGGGUAUGAAAUUUGUAAUUGAGUAAUGCUUGUUAUUAUAUAGAUAAUUGUUUCA